UUCUUCUUUUCAGAAACUAUGUUUUAAAGAGGAUUGAACAAUUAUAAUUACCAUGAAGAAAGAAGAGGAUGAGGAGGUCCAGGCUAUGCGAGAAUGUAUUGAAAAUGCAUUCUGGUACAGAUCUCUUCCUGGAGGCUUAUUUACAGGGUCUCUAGCAAUGCUCGCUCUCCAGACGAGAAAGAUUAAAACUAAAACAAGGUUUGGUGGAUUACCUAUAGUGCUCGGGUUCGGUUCUAUGGGAUACAUCCUGGGCAAAUUCUCCUUCAUACUCAGUAAUCAGUGUAUGGAUAUAUUCCUCAAGAAGGCCCCAGAGAGUCCUAUAUCCCUGAAUGUCCGGCAGCAGCGGGAAACUGAGCUGGUUGUGGACGAGGAGAGGUUUAUGGAUAUCCUGGAGCAGAUCAAUGUGGAUCAGAUGUCGGAGAAGGAACAUCAGAUUUUAGAGGAUUGUAACGAUGUUGCGUUCUAUAGUUACUCCCUCCCUCUCUCCUCCCUCUCCGGAGGAGGGGUUUAUUAUUCCCUCAAACAAGGAUUACUUAAAGAGAGUAGGAUUUUUACUUCCUUUCCACGGGUUCCUAAGACUGUUUGUGGAACCCUGCUGGGAUAUAUACUUGGACAAUAUUUAUAUGUGAAGCGGGGAGACUGCCCACGUAGAUUUCUGACGUAUGACGAGGACGGUCAAAUUGCUCAGCUGUUGAGGCGAGGUGUAGAGGAAAAAAGACGGUUAGAAGAAGAAAGAGGAGAAAAUAAGAGAAUACUAGAAAAAGGAGAAGAAGAGAUCUAUAAAAGAGACUCAAACUUUGUACAACAUAAUCCACAAACAUCGAUUCAGAAUAAACAGGAUUAUAUACUACCAGGAGAGGAUUCAAGUUUAGCGAUUGAAUCCAUAAUUAGGGAUUCUUGGACAAACAGUUUGGAUCCCUUGUUUAAACCGGUUUAGAGAUUGAAUCCAUGAUUAGGGAUUCUUGGACAAACAGUUUAGAUCCCUUGUUUAAA